UCUUCCCCGCCCGGCCUUCCCCCCCCAGCCUUCCCCCGCCGGCCCCCUCCCCGCGGGGAGAAUAUGGUCUCCGGCGAUGGACGCCCCACGCGCAGGAUCUGCCUUUGAGUACCUUAUUGAAACGUUAAGUGGUAGUUCACAUAAGAAGUUCUUCAAUGUACCCAAGCUUGGAGGCACCAAGUAUGAUGUUCUGCCUUACUCAAUACGGGUCCUGUUGGAAGCUGCUGUACGAAAUUGUGAUGGCUUUUUAAUGAAAAAGGAAGAUGUUAUGAACAUUUUAGACUGGAAAACCAAACAAAGCAAUGUUGAAGUGCCCUUUUUCCCAGCCCGUGUUCUCCUUCAAGAUUUUACUGGAAUCCCAGCUAUGGUGGACUUUGCUGCUAUGCGAGAGGCGGUGAAGGCUCUUGGAGGUGAUCCUAAGAAAGUGCAUCCUGCCUGCCCGACAGAUCUCACAGUCGACCAUUCUUUACAGAUCGACUUCAGUAAAUGUGCAAUACAGAACGCGCCGAAUCCUGGAGGUGGUGAGCUGCAGAAGGCAGGCAAGCUGUCUCCACUCAGAGCGCAGCCCAAGAAGCUACCCUGCAGAGGCCAGACUGCCUGCCGAGGGCCCUGCGACUCUGCAGACCUGGGCCGACACCCGGGAGCCUUCGCUUCGCAGAUUGAGAACACGCCCAUCCUGUGUCCUUUCCAUCUGCAGCCAGUGCCUGAACCUGAAACAGUGUUAAAAAAUCAAGAAGUAGAAUUUGGCAGAAAUCGCGAGAGGCUUCAGUUUUUCAAGUGGAGUUCCCGAGUGUUUCGGAAUGUGGCUGUGAUCCCUCCUGGAACUGGAACGGCUCAUCAAGUAAACCUAGAGUAUUUGUCAAGAGUAGUGUCUGAGGAAGAGAACCUCCUCUUCCCAGACAGCGUGGUCGGCACGGAUUCUCACAUAACCAUGGUGAAUGGCUUGGGGAUUCUAGGCUGGGGGGUUGGAGGCAUUGAAACAGAGGCUGUGAUGCUUGGUCUGCCAGUUUCUCUUACUUUGCCAGAGGUGGUUGGAUGUGAGUUGAUGGGGUCAUCAAACCCCUUUGUUACAUCCAUAGAUGUCGUCCUUGGCAUUACGAAGCACCUUAGGCAAGUAGGAGUUGCUGGAAAGUUUGUCGAGUUUUUUGGCAGUGGCGUUUCUCAGCUGUCGGUCGUUGAUCGGACUACAAUAGCAAACAUGUGUCCAGAAUACGGUGCUGUCCUCAGCUUUUUCCCUGUUGACAAUGUGACGCUGAAACACUUAGAACACACAGGUUUUGACAAAGCCAGACUCAAGUCCAUGGAAACAUACCUUAAAGCUGUGAAAUUGUUUAGAAAUGACCAGAAUCCUGGAGAACCUGAGUAUUCCCAGGUCAUCCAGAUCCACCUGAAUUCAAUAGUUGCGUCUGUCAGUGGUCCAAAGAGACCUCAGGAUAGAGUUGCUGUGACAGACAUGAAAAGUGAUUUCCAGUCUUGCUUGAAUGAAAAGGUUGGAUUUAAAGGCUUCCAAAUCGCAGCUGAAAAGCAAAAGGAUAUCGUGUCUCUUCAGUAUGAAGGAAGUGAAUAUAAGCUGUCUCACGGGUCCGUGGUCAUCGCUGCCGUUAUCAGCUGCACCAAUAAUUGCAACCCUUCCGUCAUGCUCGCUGCAGGUCUUUUGGCUAAAAAGGCUGUGGAAGCUGGACUGCGAGUUAAACCUUACAUCAGAACCAGCUUGUCCCCAGGCAGUGGCAUGGUUACACAUUACCUCAGUUCAAGCGGAGUGUUACCGUAUCUCAGUAAGCUCGGGUUUGAAAUAGUUGGCUAUGGAUGUUCAACCUGUGUGGGGAACACAGCACCCUUGUCAGAAGCAGUUUUAAAUGCAGUAAAGCAGGGUGAUUUGGUUACCUGUGGAGUUUUUUCUGGAAACAAAAAUUUUGAAGGUCGUCUUUGUGAUUGUGUUCGUGCCAAUUACCUUGCCUCUCCACCCCUAGUGGUGGCUUAUGCCAUAGCCGGCACAGUGGAUAUAGAUUUCCUGACGGAGCCUUUAGGGACCGACCCUACUGGCAAGAAUAUUUACCUGCACAAUAUUUGGCCUGAUAGAGAAGAAGUUCACCGGGUCGAGGAAGAACAUGUUAUAUUCUCCAUGUUUAAAGCGUUAAAGGAAAAGGUAGAGACUGGAAAUAAGCGAUGGCAUUCCUUAGAAGCACCUGAUUCAGUUUUGUUUCCGUGGGACGUAAAGUCUACUUACAUCCGAUGUCCUUCCUUCUUUGAUAAGCUUACCAAAGAACCAGUUGCACUGCAAGCUAUUGAGAAUGCCCACGUCUUACUGCACCUGGGGGACUCUGUCACCACGGAUCACAUAUCUCCCGCGGGGAGCAUCGCCCGGAGCAGUGCUGCUGCCAAGUACUUGACAAACAGAGGCCUUACCCCCCGUGAAUUCAACUCAUAUGGAGCCCGAAGAGGCAAUGAUGCUGUGAUGACAAGAGGCACAUUUGCAAAUAUCAAGCUUUUCAAUAAAUUUAUUGGAAAACCAGCUCCCAAAACCAUCCAUUUCCCAUCAGGACAGACGCUGGAUGUGUUUGAAGCUGCAGAGCUGUACCAGAAGGAAGGUAUCCCGCUGAUAAUCUUGGCAGGGAAGAAAUACGGCUCUGGAAAUUCAAGAGACUGGGCUGCCAAAGGACCCUACUUACUGGGUGUGAAAGCUGUUUUGGCUGAAAGUUAUGAAAAAAUACACAAAGAUCAUCUGAUUGGAAUUGGCAUAGUUCCACUUCAGUUUCUUCCAGGAGAAAAUGCAGAGUCCUUGGGCCUGUCCGGCAGAGAAACGUUUUCUUUAACCUUCCCUGAAGAACUCUCUCCUGGGAUUACAUUAACUAUAAAGACAAGUUCUGGAAAAGUAUUCAACGUGAUUGCUGCAUUUGAAAACGAUGUCGAGGUAACAUUGUACAAGCAUGGAGGCUUAUUGAACUUCGUGGCACGAAAAUUCUCCUAGUAUCUGCCCAUCGGGGAGAGACUGCUGCGUGGCGCCGCAGAGCCCUGCGCUGAGCUGGCGCCACCGCGGAGGUGCCGGCGGCCCCAGUGCACUCAGUUAUCGUCCACGGAUGUAGUGAUUACGAAUCAUCGCAGGGACUGAAAUGAAGUCUUCUUGAUUUUAAAUCAUAUCCGAAUGGUGCUAUUAACAUUGCUAAAAUCAGCGUGUGAAGUGUGUUGUUGAAGAGACCUGUAAGUAUGGGGAGGGGUGUAUUUUAUCAGACCAUUUGUAAAUAAAGGCAGAGUUUGAACUUGUUGAAGAUUCCUGUAUGGGUAACCUGGAGUUGUCUGCUCAGCUUUGCUCCUGUACUCUGCUACUGUUUGUUGGUUUAAGAUCAGCACAUUGGACUAGAAGGAGGUAGACUCUGAAACUGUGGAAGUUGGAAUCUGAUCUAUAAAGGACUUUUAAGUCUGUUAAUUCCCUUUUAGCAGUGCGCUGGACACAGUUGGCAUUCUUAGUUUGUGAACGAGCCAGGUUUAUCGUAGACUCAAGGAUGAACUUGCCCCAGGUUGCAAUCAUUCUGUCCACCCCAGCCAGAUCCUCCGUGGAGAGGCACUGCAGCGGAGCACAGCUGACCGCUCGGCCCUGGGCAGCGACCACGAGGGUGAGCCUCCCCCAGGGCAAGCCCUCUGGCGAGCCGCGCCACUUGAUUUGAUUCUCUUGCUCACUUUCUGUGAUGCUAUAACUCCCUGUGACCUAGUUAGGUACUGCUAACUGAAAUUCCAUACUUGUUUUCUAGUUGCUAAAGAGAACUUGAACCAUUAAGCUCUGUGCCGGCCCCCUCUAGACUCUUAAAUGACCCACCCUAAAGGACAUGGAUGCUCAGCUCUAGGCAUUUUUAAGUAUUGCUGUUUCUUAAUUAUUUAAGUUGGUUUGAAAUCAUUGUUUUGCCUGGGUCACAUGGUUUCUGUUCAUUCUGUUACGUUACUGUGUGAUCCAAGCUGACCGUAAGGGCGAGAUACUUCAGUUGUGGCUGAGUGCUGUGUAUUCCCGACACACGAGUCUGCCCACGUCAGACGGGCCGCGUUAGCUCCAGAAGAUGUCAUGCUUAGCAGGUGCAGGGCCGUGGUGAUUUUUCCUGCACGUGAAGAUUUACAUAUAAAGCAGUUACAUCCGUGCAGUUCCCAGCCAGCUCACGCUGCUCAGAGUGAAGACUUGCAAGCUAAAGAUGCUGGGACGACAGCCAGUGGGCAGCGACCACUGAGAGCCACGCACAAAGUCAAUCAUGGUAUCUGAGAGUAUUUUGCAAAUAUGUACUUAAACAGGAAGAUGGAUGAGUUUAUCCAGACAAUUUCCCUUCUGUAAAUGUUUGUGUUUUCUUUGGUACUUGAAGCCAUGCUUUGUUCUUCAUAUAUACUGUGUGUCUCUCAGUGCAUGUAUGUUUGACUCACGUGAAAACAUGAGUUGGGGUGGAGAAUUUACAAGUUAAAUGUUGGACACCUGUUACAUGCUUUGAAAAACUGGUCAUUCCACAUUAGGUGGGUGGGUGGGGUCUGUGGAAGGCACACUCGACAUACAGUCUGUAGGCAGAGGCACGGGCUGGUCAUCAUGGCUGAGCCUGGGGUGAGAGACGUGGGACACAGGUGACACUGGCCGCCUGUGAAGGAGACGUCGGCGUCUCCAGGCCUGCUGGUGCAGUGGUGAUACAAGCAAAUUGUGUAUUUCAGGAACAAAACCAAAGUUCCCUUAAUCAGCUGCUUGUAUACGUUGGAGCAAGUGCUUAAAUAGCAGGGUUAUAAGUUGGGGAGAGUCGUAGCUGUGUGUCCCAGUGUGUGUACCUGGUAAUUCUGCCUCUAGCCAAAUGCUGUGUUUACAGAGAUGUGGCAUCUGCUGGUUUUUAUUGUUUUAUUUACCUCCUCUAUGACUGCAUCUGGGUAAUUCUGUGUUACAAAAGGGAGUGUAGAAGCGCAAGGAAAAGCAAGUCCGUGUUGUGAACUUGGAAGUUCAGUUUCAGCAGCAGUUUCUACCUUGUAAACAGCACUGUGCUACACACUUUUUUUUUUUUUUUUUACCUUUGGGUUUGGUUUUGCUGCUCCUGAAAGAUGAAAUCAGUGACAGUGUCAUCCUGCCCCUGAGUUGCCGUUAUCCCUCAGAGGUUCCCACGAUGGCAGUGGCCCUGUCCAGCUCUGUCAUCUGCUGACAUUUGAAUGAGAGCUGUCAGAAACCUGUCAGAUCGCUCAGUGUUUCCCAUUGGUAAUCGGACAGCAGGUGUACCAAAACAAAGCAGGUGCGGCUGAAACCUCAGAGUUGCGGCUGUUGGCACGUACCGUAACGAGGUGGUUGUGUCCACUUUCUCUGUGAUGAGUGACACGAGAACAGUUCCUUGACUGACAUUUUUCUAGGGUUGAAUUAAAAGACUCUUCUGCCUUUAGAUUUAGAGGAUACUAAAAUCCUGGCUGUUGACCCUCAGUUUGAUUUGGAGUAACGAAAGGGCAAGGGGAUGGACGUGACAGCAUUUUCCAUGGGUUUUCCCCCGAUGGACAGUAGUGCCGAUGUUUCUAUCAGUUUUACACAUAAUAUGUGGUGAUGAGACCAUGUAUCUCACUGAAGUAACUAUAAAUCAUUGUCUAUUAUUUAAAGCCAACAAAACAGUGUAACAGUUGUAAGUUCAAUAAUGUUAAGUAUUGUAUAGAAAUAUAUUGGAGGCAAAGUCCAGUUGAUGACAAUUGUGUAUAUGUUACUGAUGCUGUAAAUUAUUUUUAAUAAAGAGAAUUGUAUUA